AUGCGUUCUUCACUAGUAAACCUACUACUAAUUUGUAUUUUUCAUUUUGGAGUUAGUAACACUAGUAACAGUGAAAAAGUUUCUUCCAAAAAUGUGACAGUUCAUUGGUAUUUUGGUAACGAAACAGGAGAAACAGUAGCUACAUCUAACAACUUUAACAAGAUCUUUCCUGAGGAAGAACAAGUAACGGUGGUACUUCCCAGUGUGCAAGAAGAAUUUGAUUGGGACAUACCAUUUGCACGGCUUCUCCCUGAAUGGCGUGGCUUAGACGAAAUCAAACCUGGAGCUUUCGAUAAUUUACCGCAGUUAGAAAGUUUCAUUGUGAUUAGGAAUAACUUGACGGAAAUCAAAACUGGUACUCUUACCAAUCUAAAUAUAUCACAUAUAGAUUUGUCAUCCAACUCAAUCAUCCGUUUACAACAAGGAGCCUUCAAAAACAUCAGUGCUGAUCUUAUGGAACUUGAUAAUAACCAACUCACAGAAAUUCUAAAUGAUGUUUUUGAAAAUGUUACCAUUGGAAACUUAAGUUUGACUAAUAAUGGUCUCCACACUAUCACACCAGAAGCUCUGUCAACAAUUGGAUUGACAAGUUUGUGGCUAUUUGAAAAUAGUUUCGAGGAAAUCAACCCGGAAGUCUUUAACAUGCAAGAGUUAAUAUCACUCAAUUUGGGUUUUAACUCAAUCAAGCUUCUGCGACCUGGUGAUCUGAGAAACUUGCCAGAAUUGUCUGAACUCAUGCUUUGGUCCAACGAGUUGGAAGAAAUCCCAGAAGGUGUUUUCAAUGCCACCAAACUCACUUACUUGGAUCUUUCUGGAAACAAGAUUGUUAAAAUUGCAAGUAAAGCUUUUGAUGACAUGCCUGAGCUUGGUAAACUUGACAUUAGCUUCAAUAACUUAACCCGAUGGGACAAUAAUUGGUUGAGUGGGGCAAAAUCAAUUGCUUACAUUUCAGUCGGUUAUAAUCAGAUAACUGGGAUUCCAGACGAAGCGUUCAAGAAUUAUCCUGGUGUGAAGAGUAUUGGUCUUGAGGGGAAUAGAAUCAGAAAUAUUUCAAACAACGCUUUUAAUAAGUUAGAGCAUGUUGAGGUUUUGGAUUUGUCCAAUAAUGAGAUUGAUAAUUGGAAUCCAAAUUUCUUGGCUAAUGUUAGUAUUGGUAUUAUUGAUCUUAGUGACAAUAAUUUAGAAUGCAUUGAUGGAGAUUUGGAGACAGUUUUCAGAAAUUCAGGAAGCAUCUAUUUGGAGAAUAAUCCGUGGAAUGAAGAGUGUUAUGCGCAUAUUUCCGAGUUCAUUGGGGAGGAUGAUGAGGAACAAUACUUUGAGGACUAUGAUAUGGAACAAGUCCCGUAUCACAUUAAUGAAAUCUAA